AUGGUCGACUUCGGUAUCUUUACAGGUGCUAUCCAACUAGCCCUGAUCAUCAACGAAAUCGCGCGGGCAGCCCAGUCCAACAAGGUUUCCUGUAUGGCCAUGAACCACCGCAUCCAGAUCGCAAACGAGAUCAUCAAGGCCGCAUUCGAACAGUUCAAGUCAAACCCAAAGGCCUUUGUCAUCUCCGAAACGGCCUUUAAGCAGUAUUUCCUGCUCCUAGAACGCAUGCGCGACUUUGUUGUUGAGAUAAGUAAGCGCAAGGCUUUUUCCAAGCUGUUCUAUGCGCUGAGGUUUCGCGAUGAGUUUGACGCGCUGCUGCGGGAUUUCGACAGCUGUGUCUUGGAUUUAAACCUUGGAAUCGCGCUGAGAACUCAGGCUCAGUUGGAGACAGACAGGAAUGCACUGGAGGAGGACAUGGUCGAGCUCAAGGUCUUUAGAAAGGAGCUGCAGAACGGACUGGAUUCUCUGGGAGGGCAGCUCGUCGGAAUUCGUCAGAUGAUCGCCACCAACCGACCCAUGGACGAUAUCCUGGCCAUGGUGGAGAUCGACUAUCGUCAGGUCGUCAGCAUCACACCAUCAGAGACCCGCAAAGGAAGGACCUUCCCCGUCCACAAAAGGUCAUGGCUGGCUCAGGAGGUUGCAGAGAAGCCCCUGGGAUUUUUUGGAUCGCAGGAUAUGCUCGACAUGCUGAAAAAGGAGGUCGCCAUCUUGAAGAAACUGGACCGAUGCAACUAUAUCACAAAAUUCAUGGGCAUCACCAACAGAAACAAUCAGAUCAGCAUUAUCAUGGAGUGGCUUCCCAACGGCGAUCUUGCUUCGACUUUGGCAAAGGAUGAGUUGGAUUGGGAGCAAAAGCUGUUCAUCUCUGCUGAUAUCGCUCGAGGAUUGCACUUUUUGCACGAGGUCGGGAUUAUCCACAAGACGUUGCGUGCCAAAAACAUUCUGCUGACAAGGUUCAACCAAGCCAAGAUCACCAAUUUCCGCCAAAGUCGACUGGAGUCAGCCCAGACACGUCCCAUGUCGGAUCCCUUCAGCUAUGUGCGAUGGCUGGCGCCUGAAAAGAUGACACCCCCAGAGGUCAGAUAUGGACCCGAAUGCGAUAUCUACAGUUUCGGCAUGUUGCUCUUCGAGAUUGCGUCUAACAAGAUCCCAUUCGCGUCAUUCAACGACCGAGAUCUGCCCGAGAAGAUUGUCCGCGAGGAUCUGUACGAAAAGGUGCCAGAGGGCACACCCCCAGAGUUUGGAAACAUCAUGACUGCCUGUUGGUCACACGACCCUCGUCUGCGCCCAACUGUUUCACAGGUGCUGUUGAUUCUCAGGGACACGUGUGAGAAGCACACGACUGGAGACCCCAUCGCAUUGCCCUCCAGCCUGAAGGAUCCACCACCUCUGUUUGCUGUGUCUCCUCCAGCAACCAAGAACCAAGGCCUGUUUUCGCCACCCAUGACGCCUGUCGCAGGUCUCUUGACACCAGAGGCGUACAAGAACCCCUAUGUCAACAAACGCUACGUGGACGAGGCGAUCCAGCAGCAGCAGCAGCAGCAACAGCAGCAGAGGCAAGCUCAACAACAGCAGUCAUCCCAGCAAUCAUCCACACACCAACAGGCACAUCUGGCAAUACCUCAGCAGGCAAGACCUCAGAGUCAGAAUCAGCAGCAACUCCAAACCCCUCAACAGCCAACUCACUCGCCUCGCAUUCUUCACACGGUACCCAAGCCUCAUUCGCAACCAGAGCCAGGAUCCCGUACCGAGUACCAGCCCUCAGCUUCCAAACAAGAGUACGUCGACCCCGUCCCAGUCAACAACGUGAACAUGCCCCGCACACCAAGGCCGCAUCAGUCUUUGCCAGCGACCACCACUCAACCACACGGUUUCACCGGCCACCAAAACCACAACGGCGUCGUCUUCUCCAACGACGCUCAUGUAAUGUCGCCCACGCAAUCCUCAGGACCCUUAGGGUCGCCGUUGAACUCUCCCAGACUGGAUUCACCACCGAUCAACAAGAACACCCGACCUUUGGUAAUCAAGGCCAGGAAGCAAACUCUCGAGGCGGAUAUGCAUAGGUUGUCGAUGAGCAGCGACAGUAGCACUUCGACACUCCAGAACUCUGAUCAGCAAUCGGCCAACAGCGUCCAACGGCACCAGAACAGUCAGAGCAGCCAGAGCACUGGGAGCACGCAGAGCAACCACAGCGGCCAUAGUGUUAACACCAACGGCGGCCCAUUGUCUCCACACCAACGGCAGGUUUCAUCAGGACAGGAAAGUGGUCGUCCUCGGUCGACAGGAUUCUCGCCAGCACCUGUGGCCAAUACCAUGUCACAGGCACUUCUCUUCCACGAGGCACGCGAGCGUGCUGAUGCCUGGAAGAUUUUUAAGGCGCAUAGCGAUCAAGGUCACCCCGAAGGAAUGUAUUGGACAGGGUACUAUUUGUUCCACGGCGAGGGAGGUCAGGCCAAAGACCGUCGGACUGCGUUUGAUCUUUUCCACGCGGUGACAUUGAUGGAUCUGAGUCCCGAGCUGAGGUUGUUGUCGUCGAAUGCCCACUUUUAUGCGGCAGUCUGCUAUCUGGAAGGCCAAGGAGUGGAGAGGAACAACACCACCGGAUUCGGACAUAUGGAGAUUGCAGCAGACACGGGAAACGCGUUCGCCCAGUUUUUGGUGGGAGAUGCCUAUCAUCGAGGCAGCGCGGUUGUCCAAAUCAAUGUUCAGAGACGAGACCAUUACUGGCAGAUGGCGGCAAGGCAGAAGGAGCAGCGGGCCAUUGACAGGUGUCGGCAGUUUGGUAUUCCUUUCUAA